CCUUGCAGAGAACGAAGUACCCGAAGACGAUAAAAGAACUGCAAAUCUGUAGACAAAAAGGCCAGAUCCGAUCCCGUUCUUUGUUUGUGAGAUUUAAAAUACGGAAAAGAGAGUUCUUUGUUUUAAGAUGGUCAAAAGCAAAGCGCCACAAGAGAAGAAUAUCCAAGUGGUUGUGCGUUGCCGGCCACGUAAUGGAAAAGAAGUCAAAGAGAGCUCUCCAUCUGUGGUAAAGUGUCAGCCAUUGAAGAGGGAGAUUGUUGUAAAACAUGACGUUGGAAAUCUUUCAUCGGCCACAUCUACAACAAAGACAUUCACCUUUGAUCGUGUUUUUGGUCCAGAAACCAAGCAGAUCGAUGUUUAUCGCUCAGUUGUUGUGCCAAUCUUAGACGAAGUGUUGAUGGGAUACAACUGCACAAUCUUUGCCUACGGCCAGACUGGAACAGGAAAAACAUAUACUAUGGAAGGAGAGAGAAGUCAAGAAGAUUGUUCCUGGGAAGAGGAUCCCUCAGCUGGAAUCAUUCCACGAACCAUGCAUCAGUUGCUGGAGAAACUCAACAGUCAAACUGACUGCGAAUUCUCUGUACGAGUUUCAUUUUUGGAGAUCUACAAUGAGGAACUGUUUGAUUUGCUGAGUUCAAGUUUGGACAGCCAAAAAAUGCGUCUUUUUGAAGACUCUACUCGAAAAGGGUCUGUUGUCAUUCAAGGACUUGAAGAGCUUGUUGUUCAUGACAAAGAUGAUGUGUACAACAUUCUAGAAAGAGGCAAGGCAAAGCGUCAGACAGCAGCAACUCUGAUGAAUGCACAUUCAAGUCGCUCCCACUCUGUUUUCUCUGUCACCAUUCACAUUAAAGAGAACUCUGUCAGUGGUGAGGAGUUAUUGAAGAUCGGCAAGUUAAACUUGGUGGAUUUGGCAGGAAGUGAAAAUGUUGGUAGAUCAGGAGCAGUGGAUAAAAGGCUCAGAGAAGCUGGAACAAUCAAUCAGAGCUUGUUGACAUUAGGAAGAGUGAUCACAUCACUGGUGGAAAGAGCUCCUCACAUACCUUACAGGGAGAGUAAAUUAACUAGGAUGUUGCAGGAUUCACUUGGAGGUCGCACUAAAACCUCCAUAAUUGCCACCAUAUCCCCAGCACUGUGCAACUUGGAGGAAACUCUUAGCACAUUGGAUUAUGCUCACAGGGCCAAGAACAUCCUCAACAGACCAGAAGUGAAUCAAAAACUUACAAAGAAAACUUUGAUUAAGGAGUACACUGAGGAAAUAGAAAAACUUAAGAAAGAUCUUCUGGCUGCCAGGGAGAAGAAUGGCAUUUUCAUAGCAGAAGAGAAUUAUUGUGCUAUGCAGCAAGAGAUCAAAUCUCAACAAGAGCUGAAUGCUGAAAGAGAAGCCAAAAUCCAGGCCCUCCAGGAAGAAAUUCGAAAGAUCAAUGAAUUGUUCACUGAUACUCAGCAAGAGUUGGAGGAAAGGUGUGUGGAACUGGAAGAAAAGGAAACUGAACUGCAUAAAACCAACCUUUCCCUGAAAGAAACUAAACAUACUUUAAGAACAACAGUCUUGGAGAGAGACCAGAAUCAAUAUCUCGUUGACACAUACAGCAAAAAUGAGGACCAUCUGCAUAGCCAGGCCUCUUCUCUUCUUCACACAGUUGACGACAGCCUCUCUGAUGUACAUGGACUCCACUCAAAACUUGAGCGUAACCAAACUGUGGAGGCUCACAAUGUCAAUGUGCAGGAUACAUUUGGAGAGGAUUGCAAGAGUUUGAUUCAAAAAGUGAGAAAGAAUUUGAAUCAGUUUCAAGGAGAAAACGCUGUGUUUUUUGAUGCGAUGAAGAAAACCUUAGGGAACCUUGUUUCAAAGAAGACUGAUGAAUCAUCAAAACUUCAGAUUCAAAUGCAGAGUUUUAAAGACAACAUGGUUGUGCAAAUGCAUGCACUUUCCUCCAGAGAGCAGGAAAAAGACAGUUCCUGUGAAACCUGGCACAGUGAUGUUUCCAGGAAGGUUCAAGAAAACAAGGAAAAUAUUUGCUCUGUGCUUGAUACCCUCAAGAAUGAGGAGUUUUUGCCCAAAAUGAGAGAACUUGAAAUCUCAGUUCAUUCAAUGGCUGCCUUUCAGCAGCAGUUUGCUGUAUUUUUCAACGAAAAGAUGAGUAAUUUGUCUUCAAUGGUGAAAACCUUUGUGGAGGGUCAGGAGUCCAUGCUAGAGAGUUUGGAUGUGAUGAUAGAUAGACAUUUACAAGAGCAGGUAACAGAAAUGACUUCAGAGGCUCGAAAACAAGUAGAAAGUGCUAAUUCUAAUCUCAGAAGUUAUUGUGACUCCUUGAGGAAUUGUGCGUCUCAAUUCUCUGAAAGCUGCGAAUAUACUGCCAAUGACAACAUCAUUCAGGCCCAGAAAACUUUUAAACAGGCUGCGGAACAAAUCCAGGAAACUUCAAAAAUUUACAAAAGCGUCGAGGAUGGGGUGGUAAACGCUUCCCACAAAGUUGACCAGCUGGCAAUGCAAUGGCAAAACAUGUUGGAAGAAUCGUUCACACAGCACCUUGAUACGCUGAAAGGCUGCUCAUCUCAGCAACAGGAUUCAGUCAAGGAAUGUGACAAACAGAUACAGCAACAUUUUGCCGACGCACAAACUGCACUUACCGCGCAUGGAAACUCGCUCGAAGAAUUCACUAAGACCCAAGAGCGUCUGCUGUCCGACCAAUCAGAAGAAGUAGACACAUGGUCACAUGACCAGCAUGAACUUGUUGAACGGGUUAAUACCAGAGUGACCCAGUUUCUACUGCAAGAUUUGAAGCAGGAUCAACCAACAGGAGCGACUCCCCAGAGACGUAGAUUUGACUAUCCCACCAAACUGACGAGAACAGAGCCCCAUGAUAUCCUGAGAGAAAAGUUUCAAGCGAGUUACGUUCCGCCUGCACUUUCACCUGAACCACAGCCCAUUAAGAGUGUAUCGAGUGAAGACUCCGUGCCAGUGUUUGAGUUGAGUUGCACCAGCACUGUGAGUUCCGAUAAUGGCGUCUACCCACUUCGCAACAGUGAGGGCGAUUUGCCUGAUGACGACAGCCUUGAAGAUGGCGGAAACGAUGAUGUCACUACUUCUGACGAGGCUGUGUUCGCAGAACCACAGGCCGCUGUGCCACGCCCUAAGGUCCUGUCUGCUAAGAAGCCUGUAGACAAAGAGAAUGUAAAAAUUGCUGUGAACAAAGCAUCAAGUUUUUCUGACCUUGCUGGGGUCGGCAGCAAGAUUCCAUCGGUAAACAAGUUUAAAACUCCCGUGGAUCGGAUCAAACGUCCCCUGAGAUCGAUGAACACUCAGUAAAAUCAUAUUUUCAAAGAAAAAAACCAUGAUCCGUAUUAAGUUAAUUUGUUAUAAUUGAGGUGUAGGUGAUCGAAUUUGUACAGGGUUUUCUUUUAGAUAUAGUAGAUCUAACUUCCCACGAAAUUCAAAUUCGAAGGUAGUUUCACAGUCUUACUUGAUGCCAUCAAUCAAAUGGGACCUUUUUUUUUUUU